UCCGGCUGAGGCUCGGCGGGAGGGGGGAGGGUGGCGGGUGGCGGGUGGCAGUGGCGGCGGCGAUGGGGGCGAUGGGCGUAGGGUUUGUGGACUGUCACUGCCACCUCUCGGCCCCGGACUUUGACAGCGAUCUGGAUGAUGUGUUGGAGAAAGCCAAGAAAGCCAACGUUAUGGCUCUUGUGGUGGUUGCUGAACAGUCAGGGGAAUUUGAAAAGAUUAUGCAGCUUUCAGAAAGGUAUAAGGGGUUUGUCCUGCCCUGCUUGGGUGUUCACCCUGUUCAAGGAGUUUCACCAAGAGAUCAAAGAAGUGUCACAUUAAAGGAUUUGGAUGUAGCUUUGCCCAUUAUGGAGAAUUAUAAGGAUCAGUUGUUGGCAAUUGGAGAGGUGGGACUAGAUUUCUCCCCCAGAUUUGCUGGCACUGAUGAGCAGAAGGAAGAGCAACGGCAAGUCCUAGUCCAGCAGAUCCAGUUCGCCAAAAGAUUAAAUUUGCCUUUAAAUGUUCACUCACGCUCUGCUGGAAGACCCACCAUCAGCCUCUUAAAUGAGCAAGGUGCUGACAAAGUGCUUCUGCAUGCAUUUGAUGGUAGGCCAUCUGUAGCCAUGGAAGGAGUAAGAGCUGGGUACUUCUUCUCAAUUCCUCCUUCUGUCAUAAGAAGUGGACAGAAGCAGAAACUUGUGAAACAGUUGCCUUUAACUUCCAUUUGCUUAGAAACAGAUUCACCUGCACUAGGACCAGAAAAACAGGUACGAAAUGAACCCCAAAACAUUUCCAUUUCAGCAGAAUAUAUUGCCCAGGUGAAGGGGAUCUCAGUAGAAGAAGUUAUAGAAGUGACAACACAGAAUGCAUUGAGACUGUUUCCCAAGCUUCAGCACCUGCUCCAGAAAUAGCUUCGAAGCCAAAUCUGCUGUGGGGACGGCACUGAGAGAAAGAAAUAUUUUGAGUAAGAGUCUGAGCUGAAGAGGCCAUCAUCUAAAGACACUGACAAUUAUAAAUUUAAAGAAAUAUUUCCCCUAAAACCGGGCUUGGAUCCUGAAACCCUGGAUUCUGAUUCUACCUUGUACUUCUUUAUAAUUAAUGGAGUCCUAGCAGGAGAUUGGGAAGCACCACUGCUUCUUACCAUACCCCAUUAAGUAGAACCACCAUAUGACCUGUAGCCAUUUCUUCUGGCAAGGGAGGCUCCCCCAGGUAAGACACGAGCACUACGGGGACAGUAGACGUUGAUCCUUCACCACCGUAGGAUUUAUCUAGUAGAAAGAGAUCAUCUCGUUUCUUACACUGUCAGAGAUCUCUUCUCUGGGUUUGUAAAAUUUAAUUGUUAGUACUUUGAAUUACUUCUUUUUUUUUUUUUAAUGAUUUUUUAUUAUAUUAUGUUAGUCACCAUACGGUACAUCCCCGGCUUCCAAUGUAAAGCUCGAUGAUUCAUUAGUUGCAUAUAACACCCAGUGCACCAU